UUGUUGGCUCUUUGGCGUAAAUCGUUCAGUGCGGCAAUUACAAAAAAAAAACCCAACCAACCAGCUGAAAUAAAAGCCAUUUGAAGUGCGUCGUGUUGUUAAAAAUGAAGUGCAAUAUGGAAAAAUGUUGAAGUGAGAUUUACAAGCAAUAACAAAAAAGAAAAACUAACGAAAUUUUUCAAAAAUAAGGCACGCAAUUCUUGUGUUGUCUACAAAAAAAGAAACUGUGUUGCAUACUUUUGGGGCUGGCGGUAAAUUCAUUGUGAACAUGUUGCAUUCAAAGCGCUCACGUAGAGGCAAAAGCGAGAGAAGUAGUGGCUGCAAUUCUAUAGCAACGCGCCCGCAAUCAACCCCCAAACAGCCGGAGCAAUGGCAACACUAAUCCCACCCAGCUCUCAAGCGACGAGCUCACAGUCCUCAAAUGUUGAGGCGACAUAUGAAGAUAUGUUCAAGGAAAUCACACGUAAACUGUACGGCGAGGAGACCGGCAACGGUUUGCAUACGCUCGGUACGCCGGUGGCCCAAGUGGCCACCAGUGGUCCGACAGCGGUGCCUGAGGGCGAGCAGCGCUCCUUCACAAAUCUGCAACAAAUUGAUCGCUCUGCGGCCCCCAGCAUUGAAUAUGAACAUAAUGCGGCUUCUGGAGGUGGCAGCACUGGCGGAGCGGGCGGCAACGGGGGUAGCAACGUGGUUACCACACAGGCCAAUGUAAUCCAACAACAGCAACAGCAGCAGCAACAACAACAGCCGGAUGCUGGAAACUCCGUUGUAGUCACAGCAAGUGGAGCCGGAGGCUCUAUCGUGGCAGCUCCCAGUGUCGCUGCUGUGGGCAGCUUCAAGUCAGAGGAUCACCUAAGCACAGCCUUUGGAUUGGCCGCGCUCAUGCAGAACGGCUUCGCAGCUGGUCAGGCGGGUACUCUGCUCACCACCCAGCAGGCCAUUCAGAAGGCGGGCGAGCAACAACAACGUUGGGCGCAAGACGGUACCGGGGCCGAACAACAGCCCCAACUAGUCCAAUGGACGACGGGCGGCAAGCUCCAGAGCUAUGCGACCAAUCAGCAACAACAACAACAGCAGCAGCAACAACAACAGCAACAACAACAGCAUCAGAGCAGCACGCCCAAGUCCAAAAAGCAUCGUCAGGAGCAUCAUCCCACAACCGGCAGCGAGCUAAUCUAUGCCAGCCCCUCUACCUCGGCGAAUGCGGCUGCUCAGAAUCUGGUCCAGUCCACGCCCACCUCGUCCAGCAACAAUAAUGUGGGGGUGCCCAGCACCAGCAGCAGCGGCGGCAGCAGUAGCUCCAGCGGAGGCGGCAGUCGCAAGAAGUCCGCGCAGGCGCAGGCCGCCGCUGCCGCCAAUGGAGUGCACAUACAGAAACGCUAUGCCUGCACCCACUGUCCCUACUCAACAGAUCGGCGAGAUCUGUACACGCGCCACGAAAAUAUACACAAGGACGAGAAGCCCUUCCAGUGUUAUGCCUGCCUCAAGCAAUUCAAUCGAGCCGAUCAUGUGAAAAAGCAUUUCCUGCGCAUGCAUCGCGAACUACAGUACGACAUCAACAAGACGCGACGUCAUGUGCCUGCAGGCAGCGGAGGCGGUGGUUCGCAUCAUUCGGGCGGUCGGGGCAACGUGACCAUCAAUCCGGCCAAUGUGAACAUUGACAAUGCCUUCCUGGAAGCCCAACGUCAUCCCACCAUACCCUCGAGCAGCAUGAGCAUUGUGGAGACCAUUGAAGCAGUAGCCUCGGCAGCAGAUAUGCCGUUGACGCAGCUCAAGCAGGAGAAACUAGACGAUGGCACCGUGCUGCCACUACAUGUAGGUGCGGGAGGUGUUGUUAUGGCGAACACAGUGGCUGCGCCGGUUGCGUCCAGCUCGAGCUCGAAUAAUGGCAACAACGGCAAUGGAUCGGGUCUGCUGAAGCCCAAACGAGAGAAGCGCUUCACCUGCUGCUAUUGUCCCUGGUCUGGGGCUGACAAGUGGGGCCUUAAGCGUCAUCUAAAUACGCAUACAAAGCCCUUCGUUUGUCUGCUGUGCGAUUACAAGGCGGCGCGCUCCGAGCGCCUAGCCACACAUGUUCUUAAGGUGCACAAUAAGCGCGCCUGCAGCAAGUGCUCCUAUCUGGCGGACACCCAGGAAGAGUUCCAGGCGCACAUGAGUGAUGUGCAUCCGCACGACAAUCGCCCGGCCCGCAACAAUAGCAACAACAAUAACAACAACAGCUCGACUAACAAUUCAACGCAUAAUAAUAAUCUCAAUGUAUUGCGCACCAUUGGCAACACUUUGGUAGCCAACAAUCAACUGAAUACGUUCCACAAUGCCGGCAACGCUUUUGGCAAUACCUCGAGCGGCACCAGCAAUACCGUUGGAAAUGCCGGCGGUGGUGCCGUGACCAUCUAUACGACCACAAGCACCAAUGAUGGUGGCGGCAACGCCACCGGCACCGGUGUCGGCAACAUUACCGGUGGCCCCCUGCAGGAGAUCAUUGUGAAUCCGACAUCGAUGGUAGGUUGGCGUUUGAGUGCCAACGGUUCCUUGAUACCACCGCAUGAUCUGCUCACCGGCGGCCUGCCGAAUGCCGCCGCACAAAAACGCGGCUCAGAACGAUUGUUUCAAUAUCUUGAGGCCGAUGGCAGCGAUCCGGAGGACUAUGCGCGUCUGCUUAAAAUGGACGCCAUUAGUCGCAACACCGCUUCGGUCGCUCAGGAUUUUCAUAAAGCGGGAGGCGUGCACGAGUUGAAAAUACCAGCGAAUCAUCAACUCCUGUUCAAUAAUAAACUGCCUUCGCAAUGGACGACACGAGAGGCUGCUGCGCUACUCCACAGCCUAAGCAACAUGGGCAACAUCCAGCAGCAACAACAGCGACAGAAGUUUGGCAUCCGUGCCCGCCAGCAUUCCACCGGCGAGGAUGAUGAGAACACACCCUCAUCGGCCAGUUCCUCGACCUAUUCGGGCGACGAGUACAACAUGUCGGCGACGUCGCCAAUGAAGUUGUCGCGCAACAGCAACAGCAGCAGCAACAACAACACGCCACAUAUUGCUGAUGCCGAUGAGGAAGCACAGAACACCAAGGCGAUGAUGGCGACGGCAUUUCUGGAAGCUGCUGCUUACGAGCAAACGGCCAUCGAACUGCUCGCCAGUAAGCGCAAGCUUAAAAUCGAAAGCGAAAACGAUGAGGAUCAAGAGAAUCAGCAACACCAGCAGCAGCAAUAUCGUGCGCAGCUUAUUAAAUCGUCUCCCGCGUAUAAACUAAAUACAAAUCACAACAACAACAACAACAAUAAUAACAGCAACUAUUACAACAACCAAAAUGGACGCAACAGCAGCAGCAGCAGCAACAACAACAACAAUAAAGCGUCAAGAAAUGCCGUUCAUCAUCAUUGCCAGGAUGACAAGGAGAACAACACGAAUGUAACAGCAAUAGCAAGCACUGUUGCAGCUGCUGCAGCAACCGCAGUGGCUGCAGCAACAAACACACCAAACAAUAACAACAACACCAACAACAACACAACCUUUCUCACACAAAUGGAGUAUCAGAAUCUCAAUCGCAUUGGCACACAAUUUCAGAAUUAUGUUAAGGAUAUUAUCAAUAAGUAUUAUGCCGCCGAAACGCCGCUCAUGUUAGCCGCCGCAGCUGCUGCCCUGCCCACAGCAACAACCACUGGUCAGCAGCGGGAGCGGGAGCAACACGAGCAGCGUCAGCACGGAAUCUCACCCAACAAGCGACGACGUCUGUUGAGCGAGACUGAAGAGUAUAUUGAGUAUUUGCGUAAUAAGGAGGAUAUCACAUUAACUAUCACGCCCAAGACGCCCACAAUGCCGCUAUCAACGCCGCUACCACCACAACCACCAGCACAACACCAACAACCAGUAGCAGCACCAGCAGUGGCUGUCAAAUCGCAGCCCUCAUCUCUGCUUAAGCGCCAACUGGAUUUGGCUGCGCCCAUGCGAAAAAGUCCUAAGAAGGUACCCAACAUGAAUGCCUCAAGCAACUCCUCACGCAAAUCACUCAACCACCUGGCCACGCUAUUGCCGCUACUCGCUGAUGCGGCCAGCAAGCAGGAAUACUUAGCAGCACCGCUUGACUUCAGCAAAAAGCCCGGCACACCUCCGCCGCCGACAACAUUGUCCUCAUCGUCGUUAUCAUCGUCAUUGUCGUCUUCAGGCAUAGCCGGAGCUGGAGUAGAGCCUGCGCGCUCCUCACGAAAACAGGCACAGCCGAAGAAAAUACGCCUCACACCCGAGGCAAUGAUCGCUCAGUUACGAGACAAAUAUCUCAAUCGCAUGGGCCACCACAAACUCAGCUGCGCCCUGUGCAGCAAUGCCAGUGGAGGACAAGGUCGGGGCAUGGUCUUCAGCUACCACACCAAAGGCUCUUUGGCGCUGCAUCGUUAUUGGAAACAUUGCGGCACGAAUGGCGGAAGGAGCAACACCAAUUGUCGGCAGUGUGGCGCGCAGUUUGCACAAAACUACAGUUUGGCAUUGCACAAGCGUCUCAAGCAUGCACAACUGAAGACGCUCGCUGUUCAACUGUGUUAGGCUCAUUGAGUUACUUCUUGCGAAUUGUUUUCACAACGUUGUCUAAUCACUUUUUCACUUAGCAAAUUUUUGCUGCCAUAUACAUAUGUACGAGUAUGUAUGUAUGUAGUAUGUAUGAAACAAAUGCAAUUAUCAGGCAUUGAACAUUCAAAUUGGGAAUUGUUUGAACAAAAUAAAAACACAUUAUUUUUUUAAAUUUUAA